UCCUUCUCCCCCACUCUCAUGUUUAAACGAGUCCUCGGUAUCGAUAAAAUAAGCCGCGCCCAGUUCAACGAGGAUAGUGAUGCAUCGGAUAGUGACAGUGAUGGGGAUGAGCUCACGGAUAAGCAGAGACGGAGGCUACAGCGCGCUAUGAUGCCCCUAUCAGCUAUUGUCGAGGGUGAUACAUCCUGCAGCAGCUCUUCUGAUGAGGAAGAAGAGGAGUUGGACCAAGAGGAUGAGAUAGGUGAUGAUGAUGAGGAGGAAGAGAACGAGGAGAAGUCUGCACCUAAGACUAAUACCUACGCUGAACAAUUCUGCUGUCAACUGUGCCCUGAGAAACUCCUGCUCAGCCAGGGUGAUCUCGAAAAGCAUAAAGCCAGCAAGGCCCACUUGAAGCGUCUACACCGACAACAACAACAGGGGGAUGAGUGCGACGCCAAAGGAGCAGGGCAAGAUGAGCAGGCUGACGAGGCUGCUCCCUCCGAUGACGUCGUCACCGCUGCGGCUUAUAAGGCAUUAACAGAUGAGGGAGCGCCCUCCUCAGAUGUUACGACCAGCAGUCGUAAAAUGAAACGUAGACUGAAGAUGAAGGAGAGACGAGCUGCCAAUAAGAAGCGUGCCCUCAAUGAGGAUGAGAUAGCCGCCAAGAAGGCUAAAUUCCAAGCUAAGAAGGAUCGGCGGCGUCAACACAAGGAGGAUAAGACUGAUGUUGCCCAGUAGUGACUGGUACUUCAACUUGGUAUACGUCUCUACAGCUGCUAUCGUUAGUCCCUACCUUCCAACGUUGUUUCUAUUGU